AUGUUCGAAAUUCCGAAAGGAAAGGAGAGUCAGAAAAUAGAUUUCAUGUUCUAUAGUGAGUUGUUUCAUAUGAAAUCGUUUCCGGAUACUGGUGCACAACUGACUGCGGUUUACGUGGAUCGAUUUUAUGGACAAACUGUAGACGGACGGUUGAACACUUUACGUACGGGGGAUCGUAUUUUGUCGGUCAAUGGAAAUUCAUUGCAGAAGUUGAAUGCGGAGCAAACCAAGGCGUUAUUGCAAAGCCGGCAUUCGGAAAGUAUGCGCCUAACCGUUCAAAGACUCCAUGAGGUUACUGAGGAGAGCGAGGCUACCGAUGAGACUUUGGAAAUGUCGACGGACUUCGGUACGGAUUCGGAAGAACAGUCGAUUGAGAAACUGUUAACCGAGGCCAAACAGAAAAUGCCUUAUAAAAAAUCGGCACACACGAAUGUGAACGGAAUCGAAUGUAAGCCGGAAAUCGAAAAUCUGUCCACAAUUCUCUCCAGUCUGCCACCACGUGAAAAGAUGAAUCCUUACGCCCAUGACGUGAUCGUUCGUUGGCUAUUGACAAAUCGCAUUUGCCAGCAAAUGCGCCGACGAAAAACUCAAAUAGGUGAUCACUUGUUAAAACAGUAUUUGGAGCAAAAACGGGCAGCUGAUUUGAAAACCGUGGAUCGGAGGGAUCCAAAAGGCACUGCGGACGGAUCAAGCGAAACCAGUAGGGAUUCCAGUGAGAGUACAGACGCGGAAACAUCGUUCGCGGAUUUGGAUGAUCUGUCGGUUAAACAUGGGGAAAACGGUGAGUACAUUUAA